GUAAAAGCCUGAGACGAGCGCAUGGAGCAUGUUGCCCUCCAUCUUGAGCGUGCUGCUGAUGGCAGGGAGCCUACGGUGCAGUUUGGUGGAGAAAACGAUCCUUCAUUGACGGAUUGGGCGUCAAGCCUUGCUGUUGGUGUCAUUAAGUGGUCAUGGGUGACUGGCAAGUGGGAUCUUGUCAACCCACUCAAGCCCUGAUCUUUUUGUUCCAAGUGCCGAUUACCAUGGCUGAAAACUGAAUACAAGGCAU